AGAUUAACAUAACCUCACAGUUUGUUUAUUGUCAACAUAUUUUAUUUACUUCUACAAGUAUUUAGCGAUUAUUUGAUACGCAUAUCAUGAAGGCAUGUCACAAUCAUGGCAUGUAAUUGUAGGAAUUGUAUAGUACACUGGAGAUAUUGGAUAGGCCCUUUAGCCAUAUUUUUGUAUGCAAUUGCGGUGGUGGUGUUCGUUCCUUUGUUUUUAGUAAAAUCCGUUCAGGACGGAUUUAAUAAACGGGAUCAGGAAAUAUUUAUUGCUGGCAUUUUCGCGUGGGUCGCAGUUCCGAUCUCGCUAUGGGAAAUAAUCCAACAUGUAAUAAACUAUUCCGAACCAGUAUUACAAAAACCUAUCAUUCGAAUACUAUGGAUGGUGCCAAUUUACGCCAUAAAUGCUUGGUUGGUACUGUUGUUUCCCGAACAGUCGAUUUAUAUGGAUAGUGGUCGUGAAUGUUACGAGGCCUUUGUUAUAUACAAUUUUAUGAAGUUCUUAUUGAAUUAUCUGAGCGCAGAGAUGGAUUUAGAGACUAAUUUAGAGUUAAAGCCGCAAGUUAAACAUAUUUUUCCAUUGUGCUUCUUACCAAAUUGGGAAAUGGGGAGGGAGUUCGUCCACAUUUGUAAGCACGGCAUAUUACAGUACACUGUCGUUCGUCCUCUAAGUACCGCAAUUUCAGUUAUUUGUGAGGUGUCUGGGGUGUACGGGGAAGGUGAAUUUGUUGCUAAUCGAGCUUACCCGUACUUACUGGUUGUAAAUAAUUUAUCGCAAUUCGCCGCUAUGUACUGCCUUGUUCUGUUUUAUAAGGCGACAUCCGCCGAACUCAAACCGAUGAAGCCGUUACCUAAAUUUCUAUGCAUCAAAGCGGUUGUGUUUUUUUCAUUUUUCCAAGGUGUUUUAAUCGACGUAUUAGUGUAUUCGGGGAUUAUUUUUAAAAAUGAGAAUACGAGUGAGGAACUUAACGUUUCGAAACGUUUACAGAACUUUUUAAUUUGUAUAGAAAUGUUCAUGGCCGCUGUCGCCCACCAUUACAGCUUCUCGUUUAAGCAAUUUGUAAAUACCGAAUCGCCUCGUAAUUGCUGUCAAGCAUUCUUAGCAAUGUGGGACGUUUCCGACAUUCACCAUGAUAUUCAAGAACACAUCGGGAUCGUUAGUAGUAGUUUGAGCAGAAGAAUUCGUGGCCGCAGCAUGUAUAACUUUGCUCGGGGUACGGAUGAGUAUACGAAUUUGAUGGCCAAGCCAUCUUCGAGUGUGCCCAACGAUUUUGGUCUCUACCAAAACGACGAGGAAGAUUUGCCAAUUAAGUAUGGCUCGGUGUCCGUAGACGUAAACGAGAAAAAUAACACACAUUAGCUUAAAUGUGAAUAGUGUAACUACAAUGAAGUAACUGUGAUAUUUUAAUCCGACGAUGGUAUUGGAUCAAAUUUACUUUCAACACUACUAAUCACAGUCCACUUGUUGUCGAAGAAGCGGAACGUUUUAAUGUUCUUUUAUGUAUCGGUGUAUAUUUAGCUAGUCAAUUAAUUGAGAUGACAGUAACAUAUUUUUAUUAUAUGCUAAAUAAAGUUGUAACUAUUUACCAAAGACACUGAAAUUUACCAUUUAACCAAA